GUCUAUUGUAUCUGGUCAUGGACAAAGAUCUGGAAUGCCAAAACAUAUACAACAUUGAAAAUGGAGAGGAACAGUGCGAAACUGGUGAAAGAAUGCGAGCUGGUGCCGAUACAUGCGGAACAGACGCACAGGUCUAUGUCCUCAUCGCGUCUAUCAUAAUUCUCGUAAUCGGGAUCUUUCAAACUGUAACCAACCACAGCGCCUUCUACCUACUUUUGCUUGGAAUUGCCGCCACUGUGCUGGCUGUGCUGGGAAUGACAACGAAAAAUUCACUGUUCUAUCUGAUUCUUAUGAUUCUCAUGAUUAUCGCGGCAAUCUUACUUAUCGUAGAACUUGUCUUUUUCAUCAUGAAUGGAUUCAAAGUGGAUUUCAGGUCAAUUAUUCACAUUUUGCUCGGUGUUCUUUACAUAUGCUUUACAAUCCAUCUGGCCAUUGUUUGCAACUCGCUGCGUUGAGAGACCGACCCAGAAAGAGAAAGAGUGUUCCAGUGCAAGUUUACAAACAACUAACCUU